ACAUAAUUUUGGGCGGUUCUUUCAAUUCGAUCGAAACAAAUAAAUUAUAGAAUAUAAAAACGCGCCAAUAACUAUUCCAAAUUUCGAAUGUGGCAGCUGUUGAAGAGGUUAUCUAUGGGUUGUAUUUGUGGUAAAGAAACGAUAUAUGUCGACAAUAGAAAGUUUUACAUCAGAUCACAUUUAGCUGAAGGGGGAUUCAGUCGGAUUGAUUUGAUUGAAGAUGAUAAUUCCAAUUUAUUCGCUUUGAAACGUAUUAAUUGUCACAAUGUAAAGGAUGAAGAGAUAGCUGCAAAGGAAAUUGAUUUUAUGAAACGGGUAAAGCAUGAACGAAUAAUUUCACUGGAAUGUUCGGAAUUAGUGCCAUUUAAGGGUUAUCAAGGACCAAACUCUCCUCAAUCCGAGGCCUUAUUAGUCAUGCCUUUCUAUCGUAGGGGCACUCUAUUCGAUCAUGUAUUAAGGAUAAGAAAAAGAGGAGAAUUUCUUGGUGAAGUGGAAGUUCUCUCAUUAUUUGAACAGAUAUGCGAGGGUGUUUGCGCCUUACAUACUUUGAAUCCUUCUGUAGCACACAGAGACUUGAAACCCCAUAACGUUCUACUAACUGACGAAGAGGAGGCGAUUUUAAUGGAUUUAGGAUCAGCUGCUCUUUCCAGACCUGUCAUCGACAACAGUCGGCAAGCUCUUGUGAUUCAAGAUGAAGUAAACGAGAGAUGCUCAAUGCCUUAUAGACCCCCAGAACUAUUCAACGUGCAAAUCGGCAGUGGAAUAAGCGAGAAAACCGACAUUUGGUCUUUGGGAUGUACACUCUAUGCUAUAUGCUGUGGAGAAUCUCCUUUUGAUGAAACAUAUUGCAAGGGAGAUAGUAUUGCUCUAGCUGUUCUUGCUGGACGAAUAAAAUUUCCGACUGAUUGGCCAUAUUCCGACGGGUUAAAGCGUCUAAUUAAUGAUAUGCUUCAUAUUAACGCCGAAGACAGACCAGAUAUUCAUGUUGUUAUACUUCAAAUCUCGUCAAUGCUUAGAGCCUUGGAAAACAGAGUUUAAAGAAGACUUACCAGCUUUGUUCAUAAACUUUUACCAUUCCGAAACAUAACUACAACAAUGAGAAAGAGAAAAUAGCUUAAUUUUUAUGAAAUACUAUUGAGAUUUUUUUAAUUGUUAAUUUAAGUAAAAAAUUAACUUAAUUGGUUACAUAAUACAUAUUGGGUAAAUAGAAAAAGAGG